AUGGACGCCUACCGUGAAGAACGUCCUGGGAUCCGCAUUGCCUACAGGAUGAACGGCCACCUCCUCAGUCAGCGGCGGAUGCACUUCCAGUCGCGUGUUUCCACAACUACUGCCCAUAAACUUCUCUUCGUCGACGACUGCACUCUCAACGUCACACCCGAAGGGGAAUUGCAAAGGACCAUGGACUUCUUCGACACCGCCUGCGACAACUUCGGCCUGGUCAUCAACAGGGAGAAUACGGUGGUCAUGCAUCAAUUGUCACCCGACGGCCCCUACAUCGCACCCGAAAUCAACGUGAACGGCGUCCAAAUGCAAGUCGUGGGCAACUCCACGUAUCUGGGCAACACACUCUCCCGCACCACCAAGAUCAACGAUAAAGUGGCUCGUCAGCUUUUCGAAGCCAGCCAAGCAUUCGGCCGCCUCCAAAACACCAUCUGA